AUGCCUUCUACAACUUGGUUUACUACCACUAGAGGCCACAAUGACAGCGAGAAGCCAUCAUGGGUCAAGUCGAUCGCACAGACCAUAUUGGUGGUGCUGGGUGUCUUGGCCCUGGCGGUGACAGCAUGUUUGGCAAUGCUGGCUCUGUUGGCGUACCUGUCUCUGCAAUAUCCACAAGUGUUCUUCACAGGGCUGGCUGUGUGGGUAUCCUUUUGGUGGUGGCUGGAAAAACCGAAGCAGGAACGUGUGUUUCAGCUUGUACGGGAGAACCAACGGGGUAUACUCGUGAUUUUGGCAUGUUUUUGCUCCCUCUGGAAUCCAAUGCUUGUCAUUUUGGGAGGAGCCUUGAUUAUCAUACCCGUUGUUAUUCUCACCAACACGAAGGAAGGAUCUGACCACACCAAUGAACCAGACGAGUUAAAGCUGGACAACAAGGCAUUGAGUGUGCACUACUUAUCCACUCAGUUUCUGCAAGAAGUCCAAGAAGCAGGUCUCAACCGGGAUGCCACCAUAUAUCAGAUUGAAGACUUACGCCAGGAAGAUCAACCGGGUGUCAUUCGACGCAAAGGGAUCCAUGUGAUGUGCCCUAUUGACCAAAAGAUGGGGGCAGCCUACGUACAUUGCGUGGGAGACGAUCCGGACAACGUUGGGUUGGCAACUCGAAUGCUCAGUUAUACCUGGAAUUAUGCCAUUGGAGAUAUUGUGGAUACUCUGGUGGAAUACUGUGAAACAACGGAUCAAGACCCCAAGCGAACCUAUGUUUGGAUUUGCUGUCUCUGCGUCAAUCAGCAUAGGGUGAUUGAACAAUCGAAGCAAGAACGAUCCGGAAUCUUCAAGACAAGGGAAAACAAAAAGGAAGUGGAUUUCUUUGCAGAGUUCGGUUGCAGAGUCACCGGGAUUGGACACAUGCUUGCCAUGAUGGCGCCAUGGAAUGAUCCGUACUAUCUCACGAGAAUAUGGUGUAUAUAUGAAUUCAGUACAGCCCAUCAAAAGAAGGCCCGUCAAGAGAGGUGCAAGGUGACUAUCUUGAUGCCCCCCAGAGAAAAGGAGGCACUGGUUCAAGCCGUUUUGGAUGUAGACGGAGAUGGCGUCGAUGGUCUCAAUCAAGUAUUGGCCAAGACUAGAAUCGAAAAUGCCAAAGCCUCUGUGGAAUCGGAUAGGGAAACCAUCUUGCGCCUUGUCAGAUGGAGACGAGGAGGUUUCGCCAAACUGAACCAGAGGGUCAACGAGCUCUUGCGGGAAUGGGUACGACAGGUUCUAAAUGACCUCAUUGAAGACAUUGCAGCCUCAACAUUGGAAAAUGGCGAGAACAAUGCGGACGGUCACGAUGUUGUAACGGACGAAGACAAGGAAAACCAAGCCCCAACAGAGGAUCCGUGGAAAGAAAACCAAUUGGCCCUUUCUGUUGCUCAUUUUCAAAUUGGUCUUUUCCUGAUGCGACUUGGUGAAGUGGAUGGCGCCUUGGCUGCAUUUGAAAAGAACUUGUCCAUCCAUCAAGCCGUGCUAGGCGAAAACCACCCCGACACGGGUGUCGUGUACGUCAACAUUGGCAUGGCCCUGCAAGAAAAGGGAGACCACGAAAAUGCAUUAGUGGCAUGUCGCAAGUCUCUGGCGCUGCGAGAAACUUCAGCCGCACACGACUGUAUCGGCCAUAUCUUGAUGCAACAAGAGGAUUACGAUGGAGCUUUGUUGGAAUUCGAAAGGUCCAUAGAGCUAAGCAAAGAAGAGCAAAACGAUGGACUGGAUCCGGAUAUGUCCAAGUCCUACAACAAUCUUGGUCUGGCCUUGCACCAAAAAGGAGAACUUGAUGGGGCCUUUGAGGCGUUCUCGAAAGCUCUUGAGAUGGCGGAAUCGACUCUUGGGGACAAUGAUCCGACCAUUGCUGCGUACUACGUCAAUCUGGGCAGUCUUUGUGAGGCACGUGGCGAAGUAGAUAAUGCAAUGCAAUGGUUCAACAAGGCGCUGGCCAUCGAAGAACUUGUUCUUGGUGAGGAUCAUCCGAGUACGGCGACAACCUACAUCAGAGUUGCUGAUCUGCUUGCCGAAAAGGGAGACACUGACGGCGCCUUUGAAAGAUGGGAAAUGGCUUUGCGGGUCCAAGAGACAGCAUUCGGUCUCAACUACCAUGGAAAUGCGGACACUUGCUUAAAACUGGGACGAGCACUGGUUGCCAAUCAAGACUACGAAGAAGCCUUGAAAAGAUUUCGGCGCUCUUUGGAAAUUGAGCAGUCAGUACGAGGUGAUGACCAUCCUCGCCUUGCUGUCACACACGAUGAAAUCGCUGGAGUCUUGAUGCUGCAAGAGAAGCAUUCGGCUGCUAUGGAAGAGUACAGAAGUGCUUUAGCAAUACGGCAAGUAGCGCUGGACCCAGUGAGCUCCGAUUUGGGAAUAUCCCACACAAACAUUGGUGUUGCUCUACAGUUGUUGGGAGACCACGACGCAGCCCUGAGCGAGUUUCGAAAGGGUAUAGUCAUUCAUGAGAAGACGCUUGGGAAAGACAACGCCACCACUGCAGUCGCCUACCGUCUGCUUGGCACCAGCCUUUUUUGCAACGGCGAAUACAACAACGCACGAAUUCAGUAUGAACGAGCACUGGCCAGUUACGUGUCAGUGUUUGGAGAAGAGCACGAAGAAACUGCGACGAGCCACCACCUCCUCGCCGCGGCCAUGCAGUCUCAAGAUGUCAUCGACCUGGAUGGAGCCUUGCGACACAACAGGAAGGCGCUUGCAAUUCGGACUGCCUUGCAUGGCGAAGAACACUCUGAUUCGCAAACCUCAAGGAGCAGCGUUGAGGUCCUCAGUCGAGUGGUGGAGUGCAUGGAAAGCGCCGAGUACGGCAAUGAUAAUGCGGCAACAGCGGAGGCCUUGACAGCGUUUGCGUUUGACUCGCAGGAAAACAAUGAGCCCGGUGCUGCUCUCAUCGCCUUGAAAAAGGUUCUGGGAAUCUACCUCUCUGAGUUUGGCGAGCACCAUGCCAACACAGCCGGUGCCUAUGACCUUAUUGGACAUCAUCUCUUCCAUGUGAGAAACGACUGUGUUGCAGCUAUGAGUGCCUUCCGAAAGUCCUUGGCAAUUCGCGAAUCUGUGCUUGGUUUGGAGCAUCUAGAAACAGCAAGUUCACAUCGAUACAUUGGAGAUGUGCUGUUUGCGCAAAAUGAUACGGAGGCUGCCGUGGCCGAGUAUGAAAGUGAAGGCAGAAUUCGAGUUGCUGAGCACAUCAAAGCUUUGCCGUCCCCCCCUGAUAACGUGGAGACUGCUAGGGCAUUGGCAGAGUUUGCCGCUGAACUGGAAGAGAAGGAAGAACACCAUAUUGCUUUCAUUGCCCUGCAAAAGGUUUUGGCAAUUAACCGGAAAGAUCGUGGAGAGAACCACGCUGAUACAGCCAAUGCUCAUGACCUUCUUGGACAUCAUCUUUACCGGGUGAGGGACGACUAUGAUGGUGCUUUGAUUUCUUACCGCAAGGCAUUGGCCAUCCGGGAACUUGUCGUUGGCUCAGAGCACCGUGCUACGGCUCGAUCUCACCACCAGAUUGGCAAUGUGCUGUACUCACAGCGCGACUAUGAUGCUGCUGAAAACGAGUAUGAGGUCGAACGAAGUAUCCGGGAAAUUGUUGGAUAUGAUGAUGACGAGUUGGAGGCCAAACAAGCGCAGGAGGAAGCCAUGAAAUCACUUGUGUAG